CUCCACACCACUUUAAUUCUUCAUCAGACUGAAAGGAAAUAUUUGAUAUUAAUAAGGAUUAGUUCUCAGGGCACAGGUGGAGAGAGGGGGAAGACAUUUGGGAAGACAUAAUUUAAACAAAUAGUUUUCAAAAUACUUACAAAAUAUAUUUUAAAUGUCCAGCGUCUGAAAUCAUGUUCUGAGAAUAAUUUGCCAAAAUCUGCCAAAAUCUUUAAUGAAUUGAAUAAACCCCUGAGGGACGCAUCCCAGUGCACCUCAAAGAGAAAAACAUUUACAGGAAAUAAAUUAUCCCCCAUUUAUUAUUGGCCGGAGUCAGUCCAUUGAAAAGUUCAAUGGGUUUUUGAACAGGACACAUUUUAGUCAAUUCUAGUGGCAGAGUCAGUGCGAUGCAGUGCAGUGUAGUUUGUACAUUAGUGUUGUCAGGGUGCCGUCGCUGAGAGAGGGAUCCUCGCACCUGCGGAGCAGACCGGAACCUGCCUACGAGAGAGCCGCUCUCUGCGGGACCAUGCUGGCCCUGUUAGCUGCCGGAGCCGUCUUUUUCCCAGGGCUCUUCCUGCUGUCGAAAAGAUGCCUCAGACGCAUCCCGGGACUGAGAUGGAGCGAGGGCGAUGCUGUCAUCGUCUCUGCCAGACUGGUCUCUUCCAUCCAGGCCGUCAUGGCGUCUUCAGCCGGUUAUAUCAUUGCAACUUCAUGCAAAGACAUUGUAGAGGACCAGCACUGGCUGACCAGCUCCUACAUCCUUUUUGCUGUGCCGUACUUUGUAUACGACAUCUACGCCAUGUUCAUGUGCUACUGGUACAAGCUUUGGGUCAAAGGUCACGAGAUGGACAGCGGCCCCAAGGCUGUGGGCGCAGUGCUGUCCAGCUACCUGCGGCGGGAAUUCCUCAUGGUCCUGCACCAUGUUGUCAUGGUCACAGUCUGCUUCCCUGUCUCCGUGUUUUGGCGGCAGGGAAAAGGAGAUUAUUUCCAAGGUGUGAUGUUCCUGGCUGAACUCAGCACUCCGUCUGUCUGUCUGGGGAAAAUCCUCAUCCAGUACAAGCAGCAGCACACUCUCCUACACAAGGUCAAUGGCGGUCUCAUGCUGGUCACCUUUUUUAUCUGUCGAGUCGUGCUCUUCCCCUAUCUCUACUACGCCUACAGCAGGUAUGCCUCCAUCCCCUUCUACAUGGUUCCGUUCUCCGUGCCCUGGCUGUGGAACCUGGGGGCCGCCCUGCUCAUGGCUCCCCAGCUCUACUGGUUCUCUCUCAUCUGCCGGGGGGCCUUCCGCCUCUUUACCGGCUCCUCCCGAAACCGACACGCGCACCCUACCCUCUGCAAGGACCCCCUGCCCCCUCCAGCCAACGGCUACAGUGCCCCCGGCGAGACCAGCAGGCACUGAGGAGGGCCGCGGCACUCCGAGGGGCGAAGGGCGGGGAACUCGAAAACCAAGGAGGGUCGGUUAGGGAAGGCCUCGACAGGCAUGUACUUUAGUGUAUUUAAAAAAAAAAAGAAAUAAAAAAGACAAACCUGCCUGCACACAAAUGGAUUGAUUAGGGCUUAGAGAACAAGUGGUACCAUGCACUCUACUGUACUAUAGGUAAGGGAGACAAAACAAGGAGGGGUGGACAAAACAAGAUGGACGCCACUCGCUAUCAGUCACUGCUAGUGUUCAGUCCCAGGGAGGAUUCCGGUGGGAAUGGGGACCCAAUGACGUCACUGCGCUGAGCUGCAGAGGAAGGAGAGACAGACUGGGCAGAGCAGGAGCCCCACUGCACAGAGAGGGAGAGGGGGAGUGGAGAGAGAUGUGGCCUGAUGCCAGGGAUGGGUGCUCUAAGGUAGAACACCCGAACAUCGCUGCCUCUCUGACCAGAAGGGCAGGGUGGCAGUGAGAACACGGAGGCUUGGCCAGAGACACAGCACAGGGAUUGUAACACAAAAUCCUAUCGUAGAGAGACAGGAGCUUUCAGGUGUAGGAAUGUAUCAUACUGUAAAGCUUAGUAAAUUAUUGUAGAUAACCAGCUCAGCUUCACGUAGAAUGAAAAGCCCAGUAUUGCACCGGGAGCGAUUAGCGCUUACCUCCCAUAUAGCCACUGUUGCUCAAACAAUGCUAUUAUUUCUCUGAUGACCGUCAUCUGCUUCAGGAAGGAGAAAUCUCUGAUUCUGGACUCCGCCUUAUCCACCCCCUUUCUCUUGCUACUGCUUUCCCCAGCACUGUUUUUUAUUUUUUUAUUUUUGUUAUUUAUCAGUUAUUUAUUUUCACUUGUUUGCAAGGCAGGAUAACAUUCUCUAAUGUGAUAUGCGUACAUCUUAAUUGCAUCUUUUGGUCUCAUUUGUAAUUUCUUUCAUUUUUUAGACUUCAAAGAAUGUAACAUUUUGUCAGUAUAUAUACUGUAUAUUCAGUGCAGUCCUUAAGUAUUGAACAGUGUCACAAUUUCUGUUGUUUCUUAAUGAUGCUCCAAACUAUUUUGGUUAUUGUUUGGCCUAUGCUUCCGACUGUUUUUUCUUAUUUCUUAACCUCAUAAUGGCUUCCUUGACUUUCAUUGACACAGCUCUGGUCUUCAUGCUAAUGAAAUCAGAAACACCUGUUAUGACACCCUGAAAUGGUGUAAGAUGUGUAAAGGGCUGUAAUUCUGGCACAGAGCGCCCAAUAUGGAUGUAUAUACCCUCAAAUUAAAGCUGACAGUCUGCACUUUAACCUCAUAUUCAUUAUUUCAUUUCAAAUCCAAUUUCCUGGAGUACUCAGACAAAGCAACAGAAAUUGUGUCAUAGAUUCUAUAUAUGCUGACAAAUAUAUAUACGUAGUUACUUAUGUGUGUGUUUUUAGUUCAUUUUGUGAUAUUUAUUUGUGGUUUGUGAUUUUAACAUGGGUUCUUCAUUUUAAUUCUGUUUAAGAAGCUCUUUUUUAUGGGCCUCCAUUUGGGGAACGGGAACAGCAGACCAGGCCAGGAUGGGGGAAGUGGGAGGCCGUGAGGGGGAGGCGUGGCGAUGUGUUUUCCGUCCCAGUUGAGUGUGUGUCCAGCCUGAAUAUGCGCUACUCUGAUCACGGGCGCUCGGCGGCUGAGCUACUGGGAGGACCAGCGGUCAGCACCCCUGGGAGGCCAGUUAAGAAUCAUACAGUAUUACGUAGCGUGGAUAAGGUACAGAAUGUAGCUCAUUUACAGUCCCCUCCAAAUGUAUUGGAACAGCAAGAUCAAUUCAUUUGUUUUUGCUAUACACUGAAGACAAUUUUGAGUUUGAGAUCAAAAGAUGUACAUGAGGUGAAAAAUUCUGCUUUUAUUUCCUGGUAUUUUUAUCUAGAUUUGUUAAACGACUUAGAACAUAUCACCUUUUGUAUCAGACUACCCCAUUUUUAGGCGAGCACAAGUAUUGGAAAAUGUGACUGACAGGUGUUUCUUGUUGCCCAGAUGUGUCCUGGUAGAUUGAUUGGUUAAAGGUACAAAAGGUGAGAUUUUUGUGUUAAAACAUUGUGACAAGACCAUUGUAAAUCCCUUCCUAUCAUUGAAAAGGCUCACUGACAUGUUGACUCACCCUGCUUGUGUUUAUAGUCCUUAAACUCGGGUUUCGAAAUAUAAAGUUGACCGCCCUACACUGUACCAAAACAUUGUACAACUGUAUAAUAAUUCUAGCUCAUUGGUUGAAAAUUGGUUCUAAUUGCCACAGCCAAUGGUGUGUCAACGUCAGCUCAUUCACAGAGAAGGGGGAGGGAUAAACAGUGUUGUGGUUUGAAGGUGUUUGUUGCUGCUCUGACUGUUCAAAGCCUGAAAUGACCUAUUGUACCUUUAAACAAGAAAUAGUUCUGAAUGUCUACUCUUGGUUUUAGUCUUGGGUUUUGCCUGUGAAGACUGCAUUUGUGUUAGAAAAGAUAAACCAGCAUGAAGACCAGAGAGCUGUCUUUGGGAGAAAAGCAAGCGAUUUUGAAGAUUAGAAAAGAGGGGAAAUUGAUCAAAGUCAUUGCAUAAGCAUUGGGGAUAACUUGUACAACAAUUUGGAAUGUCAAGAAAAAGAAAGAAACCACUGGUGUACUGAGCAACAGACAUCGAUCAGAUCAACCAAGGAAAACAACAGCAGUUGAUGACAAACAUUCUGAGAGCUGUGAUGAAAAAAAGAUUUAUGGACUGAUGAGACCGACCUCUACCAAAGUGAUGGAAAAGCCAAAGUGUGGAGUAAGAAGGGAUCUGCUCAUGAUCCAAAACAUACAAGCUCAUUUGUGAAGCAUGGUGGAGGAAGUGUCAGGGCUUGGGCUUGCAUGGCUGCUUCUGGAGUGGGCUCACUAAUCUUUAUUGAUGACGUAACUCAUGGUAGCAGCGGGAUGAAUUCAGAAGUCUACAAAAACAUUCUGUCUGCCAAAUUAUGAAAAAAAUCCUCCAGUAAAAUCCUGGAAAAGCAUCACAAAAGAAGAAUGUAACAGUUUGCCGAUGUCAAUGGGUUGCAGGCUUGAUGCAGUUAUUGCAAGCAAGGGAUAUGCUAAAAAAUAUUAAGUGUUAUUUUCUUUAAUUUAUUUAAAUGCUCACCUAAAAAUUGGGUGGUCUGAUACCAAAGGUGCCAUGUUCUAAGUGGUUUAACACAUCUAGGUGUGAAUACCGGGAAAUAAAUGCUGAAAUUCUGAACUCUUGUCUUGUGUUCAUCUUUUUAAUCUUAACCCCAAAUGUAUUCAGUGAUUGUAAAAACAAAGGUAUUCGCCUUGCUGUUCCAAUACUGGGGGGGGGGGGGGGGGCAUGUCCACUGUACUUUUACAGAUGGCUUUAAGAAGCCUAAUAUAAAGAGUCCCCCACCUGCACUCAUGAUAACCCUGCGUCCCCCAGCACAUUUGAAACUGAAGUCAUGCCCCUGGUGUAUGCACAUAGGCACCACAAUAUCCCACCACCCUGCACUGAGAAAGAUUAAUGUAAUCACCCUGCUAACUGAUAAAAGCAUGUAUAAUGUGUAGAGAGAGGGAAUUAGUGCCACAAAUAUGAAAGCCACGUGGUUGGCUCUGAGGCACAACAUGUCUGUUGUUUUAAUAGCAUGAGUGAUAUUUCUGCUGUCACCAUGGAACUCAACACAGUGAACAGCUGAAAAGGGUAAAUGUGUUAUCAAUCAUGGUACAGAAAUGUACAGUUAUUUUAGUUAUACAGAAAUACACUAAUUAAACUGCUGGGUUUUCUGAUUAAGUAGGCUUUG